GUCAAACGCUUUGUGGAUUUCAUAACGAAACCGAUUCGCAGUCAAAUCCUACUGUUCCUCAAACCGAUGCACAGACAGGGUUUCGUCCUGUGGCUGAUUCUGCUGCCCAGCAACGUGCCGCUGAACGAGGUGAAAGCUCAGCUGGUGGACUGUGAGCACAUCCAGGCUCCGUCCUUCUGUCUGCUGCACACAGGCCAGUAUUACAGCCUGUGCAGCGAGCCGCAGCCGCAGGACUUCAACAUACAGCCCGCACGCGCAGAAUUCUUUGGAAACUACGGACCAAACUACCACCCAACAUUUGAAAUGCUCAUGCUGUCGGAGGCGGACAAAGUGACCCUGAUGCUGCGAGAUGCAGAAAAAACCCAAGUGUGGGAGCACCAGCUCCACCUGCCUGCCAUGCUUGCGGUGACCACGGCGAGCAGAGACCAGCCACGGCUGGCGAGCAGCAUCCCAGCCCAGGAGAAGCUGUUUCAGGUCCGCUCCAGCUUCGUGGAAAAGGUGUCGGACCCGGUCCUGAACAAGCUGCUGGACGAGCUGCUGCACUGCGGCGUGCUGACCGACAGUGAGAACGAGGUGCUCAGAGCCAAACUCCGGCCGGACAAGGCGCGGGAACUCAUCGACGCGGCGCGCAAGAAAGGAGCCGACGCCAGCGCCAAGUUGAUCGCAGUCCUCGCCGCCGCCGACCCGUAUUGCUGCCGAGAGCUCGGCCUGUGUUGAGAGCCGUCAGGAGCAGGACGACAGGAUCAACAACGAGCUGCUUUUCAGUCACACUGUAGAACCUGAACAGUUCCUC